GUAGCUGGCUACCCACAUCCAGACUGGAUUUUUCCAUCUACCACAUGGAGACUUUUUCAUCGAGCCUGUCAAAGAGCACCCCCAGGCCGAGGGCGAGUACCACCCACACAUCGUCUACAGGAGGCGGAGGAAGGAGCCUGCCUGCGGAUUACAGGACAGCCGUGGCACCUCCCAGAUGCUAGAGCUGCAGCGAGAGCAGUGGGAGAGGAGCGCCCGGCCCAGCAGACGCGUCUCCCGGCGCUCCAUCAGCCGGGAGAGAUGGGUGGAGACGCUGGUGGUGGCCGACACCAAGAUGGUUGAGUAUCAUGGGAGCGAGAACGUGGAGUCCUAUAUCCUCACCAUCAUGAACAUGGUCACUGGGUUGUUCCAUAACCCAAGCAUCGGCAAUGCAAUUCACAUUGUUGUGGUUCGGCUCGUUCUACUUGAAGAGGAAGAGCAAGGACUGAAAAUAGUGCACCAUGCCGAGAAGACACUGACCAGCUUCUGUAAGUGGCAGAAGAGUAUCAAUCCCAAGAGUGACCUCAACCCUGCCCAUCACGACGUGGCCGUCCUUCUCACCAGAAAAGACAUCUGUGGGGGUGUCAAUCGCCCCUGCGAGACGCUGGGCCUGUCUCACCUGUCGGGCAUGUGCCAGCCUAGCCGGAGCUGUAACAUCAAUGAAGACUCGGGCCUCCCGCUGGCCUUCACAAUUGCCCAUGAGCUCGGACACAGCUUCGGCAUCCAGCAUGACGGGAAGGAAAACGACUGUGAGUCCGCCAGAAGGCACCCCUACAUCAUGUCGCGCCAGCUCCAGUACAACCCCAUCCCGCUGACGUGGUCCAAGUGCAGCAAGGAGUAUAUCACCCGCUUCCUGGACCGAGGCUGGGGGUUCUGUCUUAAUGAUAUGCCCCAAAGGAAAGGCUUGAAGUCCAAGGUCAUUGCCCCUGGAGUGAUCUAUGACGUUCACCACCAAUGCCAGCUGCAGUAUGGCCCCAAUGCUACCUUCUGCCAGGAAGUAGAAAAUGUCUGCCAGACGCUGUGGUGCUUGGUGAACGGCUUUUGUCGCUCUAAGCUGGACGCGGCUGCGGAUGGGACCCGGUGUGGCGAGAGGAAGUGGUGUAUGGCCGGCAAGUGCAUCACGGUGGGGAAGAAACCAGAGAGCAUUCCCGGAGGCUGGGGCCGCUGGUCGCCCUGGUCCCACUGUUCCAGGACCUGCGGGGCCGGGGCCCAGAGCGCGGAGAGGCUCUGCAACAACCCCGAGCCAAAGUUUGGAGGAAAGUACUGCACUGGAGAAAGGAGACGCUAUCGCCUGUGCAACGUCCACCCCUGUCGCCCCGAUGCACCCACAUUUCGGCAGAUGCAGUGCAGCGAGUUUGACACGGUGCCCUACAAGAAUGCGUUCUACAACUGGUUUCCGGUUUUUAAUCCAGCACGUCCUUGUGAGCUCUUCUGCCGACCCAUAGACGGCCAGUUUUCCGAGAAAAUGCUGGACGCUGUCAUUGACGGUACCCCGUGCUUUGAAGGCGGCAACAGCAGAAAUGUCUGUAUUAAUGGCAUAUGUAAGAUGGUCGGCUGUGACUAUGAGAUCGAUUCCAACGCCACAGAGGAUCGCUGCGGAGUGUGCCUGGGGGACGGCUCUGCCUGCCAGACCGUGAGGAAGAUGUAUAAACAGAAAGAAGGAUCUGGUUAUGUUGACAUUGGACUGAUCCCUAAAGGAGCAAGGGACAUUCGGGUAAUGGAGGUGGAGGGAGCUGGGAACUUCCUGGCCAUCAGGAGCGAAGACCCUGAGAAGUAUUACCUCAAUGGAGGCUUUAUUAUCCAGUGGAACGGGAACUACAAGCUGGCAGGCACCGUCUUUCAAUACGACAGGAAAGGAGACCUGGAGAAGCUGAUGGCCGCAGGCCCCACCAACGAGUCCGUGUGGCUCCAGCUUCUAUUCCUGGUGACUAACCCUGGCAUCAAGUAUGAGUACACGAUCCGGAAAGAUAGCCUUGACAAUGACGUGGAGAAGCUGCCGUACUUCUGGCAGUAUGGCCGCUGGACAGAGUGCAGCGUGACGUGUGGCACAGGAAUCCGCCGCCAGACCGCCCACUGCGUGAGGAAGGGCCACGGGAUGGUGAAGGCCACGUUCUGUGACCCGGAAACACAGCCCAACGGGAGACAGAAGAAGUGUCGGGAAAAGGACUGUCCGCCCAGGUGGUGGGCAGGGGAGUGGGAAGCAUGUUCGGCCACAUGUGGGCCCCACGGAGAGAAGACGCGAACAGUGCUGUGUAUCCAGACCACGGGCUCUGAUGAGCAGGCUCUGCCGGCUAAAGACUGCCUGCACCUGCUGAAGCCCAAGGCCCUCGCGUCCUGCAACAGGGACAUCUUGUGUCCAUCGGACUGGACCGUCGGCAACUGGAGUGAGUGCUCCGUCUCCUGCGGUGGCGGCGUGCGGACUCGCAGUGUCACCUGCGCCAAAAACCACGACGAGCCUUGCGACGUGACGAGGAAACCCAACAGCCGGGCUCUGUGCGGCCUCCAGCAAUGCCCGUCCGGCCGGAGGGUUCUGAAACCCAGCAGAGGCACCGUUUUCAGUGGGAAAAGGCUACCGACCUCUGAGCGUGACUCCCGACAGCCCAUCCCGCCCACAUCCGGCCCCAGGAUGCUGCCCACGCCCACGGUGCCCGGCUCCAGGGCCACCAGCACCAAGGCCGCCGGCAGCCCUCGUCCUACCACGGCCUCCCGGGAAGGAGACCUGGGUGGGACGCGGUGGCAGAACAGCUCCAUCCACACCGAACUGGACACCCGUGAUGCCAUUCCCACCGGGACUACCUCCCAGCCCAUCCUCACGGCCUGGUCGCUGAGCCCCCAGCCACAGGGAGAGGAUGCUUCCAACUCAGAGCCUGGUCCCACCUCACAGGGAGGCCUCUUAGCCACAACCAUGAGCGCUUCUGACUGGUCACCUCCCAGCAGCCCCGGGGCCCGGCAGGCGCCUCCACUCUCCAGCACCUUGAGCGAGGAGCUGGACGCAGAGAGUCACAGCGGCUCAGGGGAAGCCAGUGAGCCCCCUGAGAACAGGAAUGGAAGCAGCUCUGUCCUAUGGACCCAGACCACGGCCCCCAGAAAGGAUGCUUCAGUGGAAAGAAGCACAGACAUGCCACUUGCACCUCCGCCAACGCCUUCUCUUGGGGGGGCAUCCUUGUGGCCACCUGUCGGCACAGUGACAGGACUGCUACCCAGCCAGGGACCUGCUACUCUCCAAACCGGGACACCCAGAGCUGAGGGGAUGGUCACUGGAAAGCCAGCUACCGCGUCACUCCCUCUGGGGGGAGGCCCCCCGCCAGCACCCUCAGAAAAGUCAGUAAGCCACAGCCCCCCACAACUUCCCAGCAGCAUGAAUCCCACACAGAGCCCUGGGCCCAUCCUCACCGAGGACGACGCCACCAGUCUAAUGGCCGAGGGCUUUCUGCUGAAUGUCUCCAGUUACCAGCAGCGCCCGGACCGCGGCCCUGCGCACUGGAUCGUCGGAAACUGGAGUGAGUGUUCCACCACAUGCGGGCUGGGGGCCUACUGGCGCCGCGUGGAGUGCAGCACCCGGGUGGAUUCCGACUGUGCGGCCGUUCAGAGGCCGGACCCCGCCAAGAGAUGCCACCUCCGUCCCUGCGCCGGCUGGAGAGUGGGAAACUGGAGCAAGUGCUCCAGGAACUGCAGCGGGGGCUUCCGGAUCCGGGAGACUCAGUGCGUGGACAGGGAGCAUCGCAGCCUGAGGCCGUUUCACUGCCAGUUCCUGGCCGGCAUCCCUCCCCCGCGGAGCAUGAGCUGCAACACGGAGCCCUGCGAGGAGUGGCAGGUGGAGCCCUGGAGCCAGUGCUCCAGGUCCUGUGGAGGCGGAGUGCAGGAGAGAGGUGUGGCCUGUCCGAGAGGCCUCUGUGAUUGGGCACAACGGCCGGUGUCCACUGCCCCCUGCAACCAGCACCCCUGUUGUCACUGGGCCACGGGGAACUGGGACCUGUGCACGGCUUCCUGUGGGGGUGGCUUCCAGAAGAGGACUGUCCACUGUGUUUCCUCAGAGGACAAUAGAACUGAAGGUCAAGACCAAUGCCAGUGUGACCAUGAACCCAGACCUCCCGAACUCCAAGAGUGCAACCAGCAGGCCUGCAGGAGGAGUGCUGAUGUGCUGUGCACCAAGGACAACUUGUCAGCGGGUUUCUGCCAGACACUGAGAGCCAUGAAGAAGUGUUCUGUGCCCACCGUGCGGGCUCAGUGCUGCCUCUCCUGCGCCCCGGCACACGGGGUCCCCGCCCGAAGGCCAAGGAAGCCACAGUUGCUCCAGAACCCCAAAGCGCUCUAAGUCCAGGAGGGAGCCGCCACCAUCGCCCGCCGCAGCCUGCUGACCGUGCCCUCUGCUAACCUUAGGAACCACUCCAGGAGGUGUUCCUCUGUGCACUUCAGGUCCAACUUUGCGCCAUAACAAAACAAAAUCUGCUGUGUCCCACUCACCACACAAUGCCCCUUCGCAGGAGGGCUGGGCCCUGAACACUGGCCGCUCCCUGAUCAGCAGGGGGACACCCGGGAGAAUUAGGCCGCUCCUGGCUCAGCUCCUGGGACAGGUGCCAGGUUAAGCAAGUCUGUGAAACGAUGCCUCUUUUUCAUCCCUCAAAGAGAAAAACAAAGAGGCCAGGUUUUUCCCAGACUACCUCAAAGGACCAGGAAACAGAGCCACACUGAUCCAGGGAACAAAGAAUCUUGUUAGUGGAUCUUGGUAGAAUCAUCUUGCCCCCACCACCCCUCUCUGCUGGGGCAGCUGUUGUUUAAAACAUCACGGGAGAGCUUUUAAGAACAUUCCCUUAGUUCAUCUAGGCAGAGCGCCCCUUUCUUCACCCAGUUUUCAGGUAGAGAGGAGGAGAGAGUGCCCCUCCACCCUCGGUCUGUCCCUAACCCCUGGAGACCCCCUCUCUGAGCUGGUCAGACCCCCACGCCCGCCUAGAGACACUAGAACAAGAGGGAGCAGGUGGGGACUGGAGGGUUUAGUGAUGCUACAGCAUUUAGGUUACACAGAAGGCCAGGCUGGAGCAGUUGAUGUGUGUUUCUGACCUGAACAGAAAUUAAUUUCGUGCUGGUACAGUUGACCCUUGCACAACAUGGCUUUGGACUGUGUGGGUCCACUUAGAUACAGAGUUUUUUUCAAUUAAGAUCUGAGCUGUUUCCAUCUGCAGUGGGCGUCUGUGGGUGGGGAGGGCAGACUGGAUGCAUUGAGCUCUGCCGUUUUAUGUAGGGGACUUGAGCAUCCAUGAGUUUUGGUAUCUGUGUGGCGAGGAGUGGGGGUUGGGCCCUGAAAUACUCCUUGGAUACAAGGGGAAAUUACAUUCAGGGGAGGCAAAAGUUACAUGAGGAUUUUCGACUGCCCGGGGUUUGGCACCCCGACGCCAGCAUUGUUCAAGGGUCAGCCAUAGAGGAAAGGGAACUUGGGCCUUUAUUCUUCCCACUUGCCUUGGGAAUUUCCUUUCCUCACUAUGAGCAAAUGUGUCUUCCUGUCUAAUUCCCCCUCCGGCACAUCCCCUGCCUGAGACAUCAGCUCAGGUCGAACAUCUUUUCUUCUUUUCUUCGCUGGGUUCACACACAACUGCUCCAACCUAGUCCAUGGCCUCCCCCCUCCCCCAUUCCAGGUGGGAAAAUGGAGCUCCAGGUUAAAAUAUCUCAAAGAAUCAGAUAAGUUGUAUUAAAUAUAAGAACUUAGUACAAAUUUCUAGUCUAGAGGGAAAAAAAAAAGCCCUUCUCAAAAGUGAGGUAAGGAUGACCUACUUCCCAGUGCUUACUUCGGAGGGUCUUUUUCUUUGGGGGACACAGGCAUGUCAAGGGGAGUCCAAAAACCGAAAUGAGAGAAGUCUUAUCCUGGAUGUUCCCACCACCCAACAGGAGCCGAAGUAGGCCGUGGUCUCAAAUUCAAGGCGAAUUCCUGGCUUCUAAGGGGAGGCAUUUUCAUGAACUGAACCCAGAGGGAGAGGGCGGGUGAGUGGGUGCGUGUGGGGCCUCGAGGGGAAAAAGCCCUCAGCUCCUGACAGAGGGAAGGCAGGAGGGUGGCCUUCAUGCGAUGGGCAGCAUUUUUCAGUCACAGGUACAGUUCAUCUUCAUCAUGGAACACAGCGUCCCAGAUCUUGAAUUAUCUAUCCGUUCAGCAGAUGGUGCUACUGCAAAAUGGUGCUAAUAUCUAGAUGGUGGCAGAACUCACAGAAACAUGUAAAUAGAUAUAGACACGGGCAAGUCCACAUCUUCUGUUCGAUGUGUAGUGGUGUUGCUGGCCAAUGCCAGUUCUAUUACUUGGAUACCAGAAACUUAAACAUUUUUAUACUGUGUGCUUUUUUUUUUCAAGCCAUCAAUGUAUGUUAUUCUGAUAAAUUUCUGUGGAACACAAAACACUGGGGUUGGGAUGAAAUUCAAGAUAGACCAGAAACAGGAGGCAAGUAGACAUGUUUACCUAAAGCCAGGAAACUGAUGUCUAAAUAAUAAUUACAGUCUUGUACUCUCUGUCUUCAAAUAUAAGCAUUGCUGGCCGGUGACAAUCUCUGGUGAAAUAACAGUUUUCGAGAGAAGGUGCUUAAAUUGUUAGUGACGUGAGUAGAGGAGAAGGUGCUUUUUCUCUGAUGAGACAAUUCUCGAAGACUGUCCCUGAGUCGUGUAGGCUCUCCGGGGGGUUAAUUGAGUAAACCAGAUUGACUUAAGCUGGUACUGUACUAUCCUAAGGUCAUGCAUGUCAUCAGAGACCUGAUAUGACCAGUCUUACAAAACUCAGGAACAAACUUGGCUUCCUACUGACCUCACCAAACUUGACGGGGCUGGUCUUCCCAAUACACAGAAUGUUAUUUGUGACCCAGGUGGCGACGCUGGCAGGACUGUAGGGAGGGCCUGGCCAGGUGCUCCACUGGAGGCCAUUCUCCAGUUUCUCAAAUAAUGGCUUCUAGUCACGCAUCAUAGACAUUCACCUCCCAUAUGGGGGCUGUGUUGUGAGCCAGUUGUGUGGCAUCUGUCCAUCUGGACCCCACAUGCUACUGGAGUCAUCAAACAUGGUUGUUGCCUUGACAAUCCCUCCGCUUUGGGUCAUCAGGGUUUUGACAGGUCCCUGUGCUUGCAACAAGAGAGGGGCCUCGGGUUACCAGGGAGACUCUGAAGGCAAGAACACAGAUGGUAUCUGCGCCGUUCCUUCGAUGCUCACAGGGGCCGACACAAAGCAGCAUUGCUGGUUUAUUCCAUCCAUGUCCUCCUUCCGUCCCAACUUGGACAAGUGAGUGAGAAGUCUAGCAGGAGACCCUGGACGCACGCCUUCUGUGACCAGAGCGGGCCGCCACCAGGCCUGGUGCUCAAAUCCAUUAAGAUCCUCAGACCCAGUCUGGUUUACAUUGCCUUUCUCCGCGGCAGAGUUAGCUCUUCUCGGAAAAGUUAUGGGUUAAUUUAAUUCUUGAACACAACACAUACUUCAGCACCGUGAGAAAGUAACACUGCAAGAGACUCAAUAGGGAAACUUGGUGAGACAAACAAUUGCUUGUUGGUAGGAAAGACUUCAUGAUGGGUUUUCUUAAAUAAGAGCGAGCGCACCUCCACCUUCUCUCCUGACACCCAAUUGGCAGUCAUCCCAGGGUGAUGCUUUCAGACGUUGAGUGAAUGUUUUUGAUAACCUUCAUCAAGUUUCUGAAACACAGUUUGAGGGAUUUAUAUUCUUUCAGGUCAUAAUUUCCCCAUCAAUUGGCUCCAGACCUGUAAACUCUGAAAGCUGCACGUCACUACCCCAGAGAUGGCCGGUCUCAGCUCUUCUCCCUACUGACCGAAGGGGGAGUCCUGGGCAGUGUGUCUGAUACCCGGUGCACAGUGGUUCACUCUUGAGAGAGUCCACAUGACGUGAACUGCCUGGUGCUACAACUUAGCAACAUAGUUGAUGCUACUCCUGGUUUUUGUACUGCUAAUUCAGAUAUUGAUAUUAUUCGUAUUUCUAUUAUUAUUUUAAGUUAUAUAAUUUUUUAAAAACAUGGUUGGGAAGCACAAGCCUACCGAUCCUUGCCCUCCAGAAUGGUUGUGUGAUGUACAUGGCCCAAGCCAUCGCCUGCCUGCAUCCCUGUGCUGCUUUGCCAGGCCCAGCCUCAAGGGGCGCCUGCUGGGCGCCUCAGUAUUUAAAACCAGACUGUACUCAUAGCCUGCCGUGGUAUGGCAUCAAUAAAUGGCCAAACUCA